UAUAUAUAUAUUUACCAGUUCAUUUUAAGCAGAUUUCAGGAGAAUGCUUCUGGCCAAACAGAACAGUUUUAAUAUGCUGGACAGCGAUACUGAGGUGCAGGCCGACGCGAUAUCCAGUUCCAGUCAGGACCUCAAAUCCUACUCAGAUGGCGAAUUAAAUAAGGCGACACAACAACAACUACCACAGCAGCAGCAGCAGCAACAACAGCAGCAGCAACAGCAGCAGCAGCAGCUGGUCCAUUUACCUUUUAAGCAUCCACUUGAGCACACCUGGACAUUGUGGUAUUUGGAGAAUGAUCGCAGCAAGAGCUGGGAGGAUAUGCAAAAUGAGAUAACUAGCUUCGAUAUGGUCGAAGAUUUCUGGAGUCUAUACAAUCAUAUAAAGCCGCCUUCGGAGCUCAAGAUUGGCAGCGAUUAUUCGCUGUUUAAAAAGGGCAUACAACCCAUGUGGGAGGAUGAGACGAACAACGAUGGCGGUCGUUGGGUCAUCAGCAUCGGGCGCUGCAGCAAAUUGGAGCUGGACAAGCUAUGGCUGGACGUGCUGUUAAUACUGAUUGGUGAGGCUGUUCAGCAUACCGAGGAAAUCUGUGGCGCUGUCAUCAACUUGCGCAGCAAGAGCAACAAAAUCUCAAUUUGGACCGCCAACGGGCACAACGAGACAGCCGUCAUGGAGAUUGGCUACAAGCUGCGUAAACUGCUCGGCCUGCCGCCGCACAAUCUCCAAUACCAGAUGCACAAGGACUCGAUGAGCAAACAGGGAUCGCUGGUGAAAGCCGCUUACAUACUCUGAGCCCCACGUAUGUUAUUAAGUUUUGCUUUGACAGUCUGUUGUC